ACUCAGUAUAACACUCUGCAGCCAGCCACAAUGUGUGUCAGAGGACUGUCUGUGCUCCCUAAGUAGAUGACUGCUCCAAAUCUGGUGUCUGUAUUACUGACUGCGAGAUACGAGAAAAAUUGGUUCGCACAUUAACAUCCCAAGUCAGGACAAGGUUUUUCGAUUGUGGGAUAGAAUGCCGGCGAUCAUUAGUAAAAACUCCGAUUUGGAGUUUGACUCCUUACAACCGUGUUUCUACCCGGAUGAGGACGACUUCUACUUCUGUGGUCCCGACUCUGCGCCACCGGGGGAGGACAUCUGGAAGAAAUUCGAGUUGUUGCCCACUCCGCCCCUCUCCCCGAGCCGAGCCGCGCUACCGGGGGAGCCGGCGACUGCCUCCCCGGAAGCAGACCCUCUGGGCUUCGGCUUAGGGGACCCACUGGACUGGGCUUCUGAGCUGCUGCUCCUGCCCGAGGACGAUAUCUGGGGGGCGUCCGACGAUGGGGACCUGUUCGGCUCCGUUUUGGAUACUAACCCCAACAACAUCAUUAUCCAGGACUGUAUGUGGAGUGGCUUCUCCGCCAGGGAAAAGCUGGAGCGGGUGGUCACUGAGAAACUCGGUAAGGCUAUUUCCACCGCCGCGGCAGGCGGCAGGAGCGUGUGCGUCAAGGCACCGGAGGUUGUGAGCCGCAGCUCGGUGUCAGAGUGCGUGGACCCAACGGUAGUCUUCCCUUUCCCGGUCAACAAGAAGAACGGCAGCAGGGACUCAACCGGGACCGUAAACACACCAACAACCCACGGGAGCGCUCCCAGUGACUCCGAAGAGGAAGAUGACGAUGAAGAAGACGAUGACGAGGACGAGGAGGAGGAUGAGGAGGAAGAAGAAGAAGAGGAGGAGGACUGUGAGGAUGAUGAGGAAGAGGAGGAGGAGAUCGACGUGGUGACGGUAGAGAAGAGGCGCUCCACCAUCAACAAGGCGUCCCCGAUGUCGACGGGCACCGUCACCAUCUCCGUUCAUCCCAAGAGCCAGGACGCGAGGGGGAGCGGCGUGGUGAGCCGCUUGGUCAGCCGAGCCCCUCAGGAGCUGAUCCUGAAGAGGAGCUCCGUCCACCAGCAGCAGCACAACUACGCCGCGCCCUCGCCGUACGCUUCGGACGACGACCCCGCGCCGCCUUCGAAGAAGCAGAAGACGUCAGACGCGCCCCGCCCCCCCACCAGAACCAUCUCCUCGUCCUCCUCGUCCUCCUCCACGUCCUGCAGCUCCGUCGGCAGCUCGUCGGGGCCGCGCAGCAAGCGCAGCGCCAGCGGGGACAGCAGCCCGCGCGGCAGCUCCGACUCGGAGGACAGCGAGCGCAGACGCAACCACAACAUCCUGGAGCGCCAGCGCCGCAACGACCUGCGCUCCAGCUUCCUGACGCUGCGAGACCACGUGCCCGAGCUGGCGCACAACGAGAAGGCGGCGAAGGUGCUGAUCCUGAAGAAGGCCACGGAGUACGUGAGCUCGCUGGAGACGGAGGAGAUGAGGCUCCAGCAGGAGAAGGACAGGCUCCAGGCCCGCAGGCAGCAGCUGAUGCGCAGGCUGGAGCACGCUAGGACUCGCUAACAGACAACCACUACAACACAGAAACACUCACAUAUACCCUGGAUGACCCCUGACCCCGGCCUCACACACACAGACUAGAUGCACACACACCUUAAACACACACAGACACACUGCAUAUCUGUCACAAACAUCUCAGAGGACGCUGCAGACACACACAGAGGAGAGUGGGGGGGGUCUCCGGGGGGAUGCUCGGACUUUCACUGCCGCCACUUUUUUUGCACAUUUGUUGACGUUAAGAAUGUUUAGGGUUUACUUUUUCAAUCCAGUCACAUUGAGGAAAGAUAAAAAGAGAAAAGAAUGAGGAAGGAGCAGAGACACACCUUGUAUUGCUCUUCUCUUCCUCUGGUUUUUUAUAUCAUUUGUAUUUUUUUUUGUACUCACUGUGACACCAGCCUGGGAUCAGCUGAUCCCACAGGGACAGGUGUCCCACAGGGACAGGUGUCCCAGGGCACUUUGCGUGGAGAGUUCACGUACAAGACGCAGUGCACACUUACUUUGCCUUCACCACUGCAAAAACUGAAGAGACUAUGACGACUUCUGGGUCACGUUAAAGAAAAAACAAACAAAGCCACUACAGGUUCUCUUUCUCUCACUCCUCCUCACACUGGUGCUCCAACCAAGUCAGUGGAUGUAUAACUGUGCACCUUGCUAGCUGACACUUUUGUAUAUAACAAUAGUGUACAGACAAAAUACACUCAGAAUCUGCCUUGUUUUGUAAUACAUUUUGUCCUUUGUUUUUUUUAUACAUGUCAGGAAGCUGCCAAUAACUAGACUGGAAGUUUAUAUACCUUUAAAGUACUGUAAGGCCUCAAUUUUUGAGAGUCAUGAAACUUUGUAAUAUAACAAUAUAUUGUUUUUUUUCUUCUCUUUUCUUUGUAUUGUAUCAUAUUACUAAUUCUACACACCUUUAUGCUUUUAGUGUGAACCUGAUACAUACUAAAUUUGAUACUUAUAUUUUCGUAUGAAAAUGAGUUCUCGGUAGAUAUCACUUUAUCUCGUCAUGUUUUCUCUCUUCUUCUAUCUCAAAUAAUUCUUUUGUACAGCAAAAUGUGUUCUAUCCUCAUGUACCUGGCCUUUUUAUUUCUUUCUCCUCCUUUUGUUUAUAUUUGUAACUAUCGGGUGCAUAGAACUGGGUAAACGGAUAUAAGAUGUUUGUUUUUUUCACUUUUAAAAUGUACAUUUAGUGCUGCAACUCAUAGCACUUUGAAAUACCUCAUUUUGAAAAAUAAAUAGACAUCAUAAAAUCCU